GUUCGCUAUAUAUUCCCACUCCUGCCUGUGCCCUUCCUCUCCCACACUGAGAGCGAUCGGGCUGUAGUGGCACAGCUGCUGUCUGCCAUGAAGACCACCAGGCUCUUUGUGAGAGUGGCUCUAGCCCUCUGCUGCUUCUUAGAUACUACCUUUGGAAUUGAGGUUGAUUGCAGCCAGUAUUCCAGCGGCAUCGGCAAGGAUGGGACCCUCUGGGUGGCCUGCCCAAGGAACCUGCAGCCAGUCUGCGGCACCGAUGGCUCCACAUACAGCAACGAGUGUGGGAUCUGCCUCCACAACAGGGAGCACAGGACAAACGUAGAGAAGGACUAUGAUGGAGAGUGCAGGCCAGAGCACGUUACGAUUGAUUGCAGCAAAUUCCAGCGAACUGCAAAAGGUGGUGGUGUUCUGGUAGCCUGCCCAAGGAUUCUGAAACCAGUCUGUGGCUCAGAUAGCUUCACUUAUGACAACGAAUGUGGGAUCUGUGCCUAUAACGCAGAACAUCACACCAACAUUACCAAAAUGCAUGAUGGAGAAUGCAAGCUGGAUGUUGUCUCAAUUGACUGCAGUAAAUACCCAACAAGAGUCGCUGAAGAUGGCAGAAAAUUAAUAGCCUGUCCCAGGAUCCUGAAUCCAGUUUGCGGCACAGAUGGCUUCACCUAUGAUAACGAGUGCGGGAUCUGCGCCCACAACGUUGAGCAGAGGACCCAUGUCAGCAAGAAGCACAGUGGAAAAUGCAAGCAGGAGGCUCCUGAGGUCGACUGCAGUCAAUACCCAGCAAGAACAUUUAGUGGUGGUAAACGUAUGGUGCGCUGCCCACGGAUCCUGCUCCCAGUCUGCGGCACAGACGGAUUUACUUAUGACAACGAGUGUGGCAUCUGUGCCCAUAACGUGCAAUUUGGGACUGACGUUAGGAAGAGCCACGAUGGAAGAUGCAAGGAGAAGAGCGUUGCACUUGAUUGCUCCGCAUACCUGAGAGAGACCCCAAGCGGCGAAGCCAUCGCAGCCUGCCCCUUCAUCCUGCAGGAGGUCUGUGGUUCUGACGGUGUCACCUACAGCAACGACUGCGCACUGUGUGCCCACAACAUUGAAUUUGGAACCAGCGUUGCCAAGAAGCAUGAUGGAAAGUGUGUAGAGGAAGUUCCCCAGCUUGACUGCAGCAAGUACCCAACUUCCACGCUGAAGGAUGGCAGACAGCUGAUGGCCUGCACCAUGAUCUACGAUCCUGUCUGUGCUACCAACGGUGUCACUUAUGCCAGCGAGUGCACACUGUGUUCCCACAACCUGGAGCAUCGGACCAACCUUGGCAAAAGAAAGAAUGGACGCUGUGAAGAGGAUGUUACAAGGGAUUUUUGCCGUGGCGUCACAGAAAUCUCUCCCAUCUGCACCAUGGAAUACAUGCCCCACUGCGGCUCUGAUGGCAUAACAUACAGCAACAAAUGCACUUUCUGCAAUGCAUACCUGAAGAGCAACAGGACUCUCAACCUCAUGAGCAGGUCCUCAUGCUAACUCUGCAGUGGAGUCCAGCACAGGAAGACAAACUGCCUUGUAUGUGACUUUUCGUGGGCUGAUCUUCCCCAACAGCUUUCCUUCAGCUUGUUUUGUCUCCUUAAGCUCCUGAAACACGUUUUGGUCAAUAAACUCACUUGGCAACAUUUA